UAUAGCGGGACAGUGAAAUCCCCCAGUCUCCUGUCUUUGGAGAACAGCCAGCAUUGUGUGAGAAAGAAGUAGAGGAGUUGGAUACGGAUUUAGACACAGAGGAAGAUGAUGUGAAUUCACAUCCUAAAACUCCCAGUACUGUCUAUGCAUCACGGCACAGAAUAGACUAUUCAAGGAGUCAAAGUGUGCAAAGUUCUCUUGCUGGGUAUCUUCCAAUGAACCAAACCACUGGCAGCAUUACUAAAAAGGGCUCUCUGCAACGUGCUGACCCAGUUCCUAGACGGGGGACACGUAGAAGGGAUGACUCCUUAGGUCGCACAGUAUCAGAGUCAUCAGAGGGAUGUUGUACCUUAUCUGAUAUGGACACAGCAGAAUAUUUGUCAUAUGGCGGUGGAAGCCUGAGUCGCAGUUCCCGCUCUCGCCUUGACAGUGCCUAUCGUUCUCAAAGGGAAAGCUUGCUUCCUGAUACACCAGAUACAGAUAGCGAGUAUAUUAUGCCACAGCUCAGCCAAGGAGACAUUUCCAGGGACAGUACAUUGAAAUCCCUUGAAUCCAGGUCUAUGACGCCAUGCAUGCCCCAAGUGAAUUUGAUGAUGAGGAUGAUGAUGAAUAUGAAUAUAUGAACAGAAAGAGGCAGCCAUCUGAGAGAUUGGAAUAUGAAUACAUGGACAUCAGAGGAGCAGGAGAUACAAGUAGCGAAUGCAGAACAUCUACAGGAGGAGACAAUAAAGACGAUGAUUAUGACUAUGGAAACAAGGAGGAAUAUGAAUAUAUGAACGAACAGAGAAGAAGCAAUAGCCAAGACCUGAUCAGUGAAGGUGCAGAGGAGUAUACUUACAUGAACCGAAAUAGCAGGAUGAGAUUGGACAGCACUUCAGAUGCAAAACAGGGCUACGAGGACAUGAACUUAAUUGCCAGCCGCCCCAAGUCCUUGGACAAACCCAAACUGAUCCCACAAACAUGCCACAGAGAGGCACUACAGAAAGGGUACAUUCAACCCCUUCGAGAACUGGAAGUAAAGGACUGUGCCUUUGACAAUCCGGACUAUUGGCACAGCCGCUUGUUUGUCAAGAGUGACUCGCAAAGAACAUAA